CGAAGCAAGCUCUGCACGUGAUAAAUCUGGACGUCCCCCUCCCCAUCUCUCUCCUAAUCAGUUAUUAAUUAGGCCCACCACUAAUAAAACCUGGUAAUUACGUACUCCCGCCAAACCACCCAAAGUUCCCUCCAAAACAACCUGACUUCCCUCUCUUAUCUCCUCUUGUCCCAUCUAUUCUCAGGCGUCAAUUUAUUUAGGGAUUAUCAAAGCACACGAAGGUAUGUAUCUCAUAAAAUUUAAUUAUCUUUGUCUGUAUGUGGAUUAUUUUACUUCUAGUUUUAGAUCCAACCAACCCUUGUACUUAUACAUUGGAAUAUUUCAAUAGUUAAAUCAUCCAGGUUCCAACUCUGUCUUUGUCUAAAUCCCGCUCGUAGGCAAUAGCUAGUGAUGUAAUCUUUAAUGAAGUAUAUCCAGAAAAUAUUGGUCUAGAAAGAGUGUUGCAUGAUGAUGACUUUGUUAUUGAGGAGAUUGAAGAUGAUUCGAAUAACCAAGCUGCAGAGGAAGAGUUAUCACUUGUUGAGCCCAAGAAAGGAAUGAUUUUUGACAAUAUGAAUGACGCUUUUCUCUUCUAUAAGAGAUAUGCUCGAACAAAGGGUUUUGCCAUUACAAAAAGAAGCUCACGAGCUGGCCAAAAUGCAACUGAUCAAGAUGAAAAGGUUGUGCAAUACUUCACUCUCGCUUGCAACAGACAAGGCAAGGCUCAGUACUCUUCAAAAAAUACAUUCAAGCCUAAUCCCUCUGCAAGGAUGGACUGUCCAGCUAAAAUAAAUUUUGUUCUACAUGGUCCUGACAAGAAGUACUGCUUAUCUUCACUGACACUUGAGCACAAUCAUGAUUUGAGUCCUGGCAAAGCAAGGUUUCUUAGAUGCCAUAAGAAACUUAAUUUAUCUGCAAAGUUAAAUGAUAGAGCAGGAAUUCGUGUGAACAAGAACUUCAGUUCUCUUGUUGUGCAAGCUGGGGGCUAUGAAAACCUUGAGUUUGGUGAAAAGGAGUGCAGGAACUAUUUGCUACAGGAAAGAAGGUUGAGGCUUGGUGCCGGAGAUGCACAUGCAGUUUAUCAAUACUUCCUACGCAUGCAGUCUAAGAAUUCUAACUUUUUUUAUGUCAUGGACUUGGAUGAGGAGUCUCGGCUAAGAAAUAUUUUCUGGGCAGAUGCAAGAAGUAGAGCUGCAUAUGAAUCAUUUUCAGAUGUCGUAACGUUUGAUACUACAUACUUGACAAAUAAGUAUGAUAUGCCCUUUGCUCCUUUCGUUGGUGUAAAUCAUCACGGAGAAUCAAUUCUUAUAGGAUGUGCUCUACUAUCAAAUGAAGCUACAGAGACUUUUGUAUGGCUAUUCAGAUCAUGGUUAGCUUGUAUGUCAAAUAAACCACCAAAUGCCAUAAUUACAGAUCAGAGCAAAGCAAUGCAGAAUGCAAUUGAGAUAGUUUUUCCUUACACUCGACACAGAUGGUGUUUAUGGCAUAUCAUGGAGAAGAUACCGAGAAAAUUGUGCGGAUACUCAGACUAUGAAGAUAUUAAAAGCACUUUGUCAAAUUUAGUGUAUGAUUCAUUGACAAAGAGUGAUUUUGAAAAAGAUUGGAUGGAGAUGAUCAACAAAUUUGGGCUCCAAGAGAAUGAAUGGCUUAAUGGGUUAUAUAUUAAUCGGCAUAAAUGGGUGCCAGUUUAUGUAAAGGACACAUUUUGGGCAGGAAUGUCAACCACACAGAGAAGUGAAAGUGUGAAUGCUUUCUUUGAUGGAUAUGUCAACUCCAGAACAACACUAACACAGUUUGCAGAGCAAUAUGACAACGCCUUAAGAGACAAAGCUGAGAAAGAAAACAAGGCUGAUGCUAAAUCUUUUCAUGAGAUGAUACCAUGCAUAACUCAUUACGAGAUUGAGAGGCAGUUUCAAUCAGCAUAUACCAAUGUGAAAUUUAAGGAAUUUCAGGACCAAUUAAGAGGUAAAAUAUAUUGCUAUCCAACUCUUCUCAAAGAAGAAGGUUCAGUACACACAUUCAGGGUCACACAAGAUGUUAAAAUCAGAGAGCAAGAAGUCAGUAUGGAUUUUAUCGUGUGUUUCAAUACAAACGAGUGUGAUGUGAAGUGCAUAUGCCGGCAUUUUGAAUUUCGGGGUAUACUGUGUAGCCAUAUUCUUUCUAUACUACCCCUAAUGAAGAUCAAAGAAGUACCCUCCAAAUAUAUACUGCAGCGGUGGAGUAAAGAUUUGAAGCGGAAACACACGUUUAUUAAAUCUUCAUAUGAUGAUUCUAUUGAUACACCCGUUGCACGACGUUACGAUGAGUUGUGCAAAUCAUUCUCUGAAGUGGCAGAGGAUGGGGCAGAGUCUGAUGCAUUGUUUGACUUUGUAGUCAGUGGCAUUCGAGAAUUAAAGAUAAAGACAACUGUUGCACGUCUUAAUAUCCAUCAAGCUCAGGAAUCUAAUCCUCUUAAUCGUACAAAUAAGUGGACACCAAACCAAUGUAAUGUUGUGCUUAAUCCUAUACCAUCUCGAAGAAUUGGACGCCCUCCCUCAAUAAGAAAAGAAUCAAAGACAGAUAAAAUUGUGCGGAAAAUGAGAGUAAAUAAGAAAGGAGCAUCAAGAAGACCAAAUGGUUCACAAAAGGGAAGAGGAAACGAGGUCACUUCCGCUGAACAUGAACCAAUCAGCAUGCCAUUCGAUGGAGACUUGAGCAUAAACUCGCAAAGUUCACAACAACCAGAAGCUGCUGCAAAUAAAACAACAUUGCCAUUUUAUAUCAGCUCUUAUGUUAACCUCCUGCAGGGACAUGAAGAUGUGAUGCAGCUAUUUUCUCCUGACAUGAACAUUUGA